AUGCUUCAAUCUAUGCGUCUUUCCGUUCGAGGGCCUCUUCGGUCCGUCCGCUGGAACUCCACGGCUGGUCCGACUCUGCCUCCGUUGAUGACGACGCUCCGAAAUGAUCUUAAGACGGCGAUGCGAGCAAAGGACACUUACCGGUAUGGCUCAAGCAAGCUGUUUCACUCAGUUCAUAUCCUAGAUCUACUAAGAAGGCUUUUCUUCUUGAAACUCAAUGCCCAUGCUGACCGCCAUAGACUGAAUGUGCUGCGCGCCUUGAUCUCAGAAACCAACAACGCCGCCAAAACCGCCUCCCCUAUUCAGACAGACAUCCAGCUUCUCUCGCUCAUCCGAAAGCGGGCUUCGGCUGCUAAAGAAGCCGCCGAGGAAUUUGCCAAGGCCGACCGAGCCGACUUGAAGGAGAAAGAAGAUGCUCAAGUCGCUAUCCUAGAAGAGUAUGCGGGCCACGUCAAAACACUCAGUACAGAGGAAGUGGCGGCAGUGAUCGCGAAAGAAAUUGAAACCAUCAAGGAGGCCGGAAAGAAGCUGGAGAUCGGACAGGUUCUGAAGUCAUUGUUUGCGGUAGGCGGUGCUCUCGAUGGCAAGCCUGCCGACCGAAAAGAGGUUGCUGCGCUUGUAAAGAAAGCUCUCUCUUCUUGA